UUCUGCCCCUCCUUCCUCGCUAAGAAAAGCACAUAUACAAAAACCAGACCCCCAGUUCCCAAAACUCAAAAUCAAAAAACCUAAGUCAGAUCUAACAGUUUUUUUGUCAAAAUUUCCCGCAAAAGAUAUGGCUCUAGAAUGGGUAGUGCUAGGCUACACCGCCGGCGCCGAAGCCAUCAUGUUGCUCCUCCUCACAGUUCCAGGCCUCGACGGACUCCGCAAGGGCUUGAUCGCCGUCACACGUAACCUCCUCAAGCCCUUCAUGUCGGUGGUUCCUUUCUGCCUCUUCCUCCUCAUGGAUAUAUACUGGAAAUACGAGACGCGUCCUACCUGUGACGCCGAUUCCUGUACCCCUUCCGAAUAUCUCCGUCACCAGAAAUCCAUCAUGAAGAGCCAGCGCAACGCGCUUCUCAUCGCUGCCGCUCUUAUUUUGUACUGGCUUCUUUACUCUGUUACUAACCUUGUUGUUAAGAUCGAGCAGUUGAAUCAGCGAGUUGAGAGGCUUAAGAAUCGCGAUUGAGAUAAGUGCUGCGAAUUUUAGAUCUGUUGUAUUUGGGCUACUUCUUUUUCUUUUCUUUUUAAUAAUCUUUUUGUUUGAAUUUCAUCUCUGAUGUGUUUGGAUGAUUUGAGAGAUUUAUCUUGAAAGAAUUAUAUGUUGUUAUUAUUGCAUCUCUGUUAUUCAAUUUACGAUUUGAUUAAAAAAAAGUUGGGGUUUGGUUCAA